AUGUCAUUUCGUGAAAAAAGUCCGAGAAGGGUGGACGAAGAAAAUAAAACAGAUGAAGAUUUGGGAGAUGCGUUGGCAGUUUGUCAUCGUUGUGACGAAUGUGGGGAGAUGAUAAAUUAUGAAAGUUGGGCCGAGAGACAAGAUGCUAUGCUGGAAUGUGGCCACACGUUUUGUAUGAAAUGCUUUCGACAUUCAAUACAAGCUGAACAUUCACUUGAUAAAUGUCCUGUCAAACAGCUGAAAUGCCCUUUUCCGAAAUGGUAUGAUUCUGAAAGGCCUUCGAAAUCUGAGAAAAAAAAGAUUGAAAUUUCUCGAAAGUCCUACUACCGAGAUUUGGAGAAUCGUCUCGCACUGUUGCUCGCUGUUGAUUUGAAAACUCAUUUCAUUUUAAUUAAUCUUCCAAGUUCAUACAAUGGUGGAGAUGCCAAUUACUUCAUGCAAGCUGAUGAUUCUCUGACAAAUGGUCCAUACGAGAAGGACACUAAAUUAAGAUAUCUCCGACAUCCAAGAAUUGCAGCUUUGAGUCUAGAAAUUACGGAGAAGAAGAACCCGAGUUCUGAACCUCCAUCAAAAGAAAGCCUUCAAUCGCCUGGAACAAACUCGGAAUCUAAAAAUAAAAAUUGA